AUGGGUGCGGUCGACAAGACAGUAGCAUUUGAAAUCCUCGACUGUUUUUACGAGCGUGGGGGAAAUUUUAUCGACACGGCCAGCGACUACCAGGACGGUGAGUCGGAGGCCUUCAUUGGAGAAUGGAUGGCUGCCCGGGGCAAUCGAGACGAGAUGGUCAUCUCCACCAAGUACGGCACCGGUUGGAAGAAAUACCUCAAGGGGGACGUGAUCCAGACCAAUUUCGGGGGACUCAACGCCAAGAAUCUCCGCCAUUCGUUGGAUGCGUCACUGCGAAAACUCCAGACCGACUUUGUCGACAUCCUCUACGUGCAUUGGUGGGACUAUGCGGCCAGCAUCCCCGAGAUUAUGCACGCUCUCAACGACGUCGUGGCCCAGGGCAAAGUCCUGUACUUGGGAAUAUCUGCCACGCCGGCCUGGAUCGUGGCAAGGGCAAACGAGUACGUAAGGUGCCAUAACCUGAGGCCCUUUGUCAUCUACCAAGGACGGUGGUCGGCAGCUUGCCGAGACCUCGAGCGAGAGAUAAUCCCGAUGUGCAGAGCCGAAGGCAUGGCGAUCGGCCCGUGGGGUGUCAUGGAGGGAGGAAAAUUCAAGACCAAGGAGGAGAGAGAGGCGGGAUCUGUCCGGGGCCGGCUCUAUCCUGGAUCAGAGGCCGAACUCCGAGUGUCGGAGGCUCUUGAGGCGAUCGCACAGCGCAAACAAGCGCGCCUCACCGACAUUGCUCUGGCGUAUGUCAUGCACAAGACCCCCUACGUCUUCCCCGUGGUGGGUGCGCGGACGCCCGAACAACUCAAGCAAAACAUCGAGGCCUUGUCCGUGAGCCUCAGCCGGCACGACAUGGAAAAGAUCGAGAGUGUCGCCGCCUUUGACCGAGGGUUUCCCUAUAAUGUCCUCAUGCUUGACAACCAAGCACAGCCAGAGGAUGUUUCAGGUCAUCUGAGCUACAACGAUGUCCCUCAAAAUCGUGCUUAUGGCCAUGUCAGGACGGUGCGGUAUCCCCAGGCACUCUCUGGAGGUCCAUUGGAGAAUUAG